AUGGACAUGGACAGAAAUGAAGAGGUGGGAUGGGAGGACUUGGAAUCUAAAAAUGAUGAUGGGGAUGAUGAAGUACUUGAUGAUGACUUGCUGUGUGUUGCUGAGGAAUUUGCUCUUGCAGAUGAAUAUCACCAACAGUUCAGUGAGAUGUCAUUGACAGAGUUCUCAUGGGCAGAUGACUGGGAAUUAGAUAUGAGUUCCCAUGGCAUCUGA